AUGAGACACGCUCCUGACAAAGUGGUAGCAGUCUACGAGUUAUAUCAAAAAGGCGGUGCUGACAAGGUGACGAAGAAUCUCUCUGAUAGCCGUGCGUAUCGCAAGUGGUCGAGAUAUUUGAACGACGCCUUUUCAGACAAUUUCAAGAGAACGUCCAUGGUUGAACACGGACAGGAAAUGCUAAUCAACUCCACUCUGACUACUCAGGUUGUCAGACGUGAAUUACCCUUAAGCAAUUACUUUGAAGACGCGCUCAUAGAGUUUCUCGCCAACGCUAAUGGUGUUCAAAAAGAAUUUGCUGAUCGUCUUGACGACGCACUGUUCAAAUAUUGUAAAUAUUUGCAGAAGGUAGAUGGUAGCCCAAAGGGUCUUUAUUUGAAAAACUUUAAGGGCAUUGGUGGGCGAAUAGAAGGUUUACCCAUCUUCGAAACGACCACCAACAACGCGAAGGAUUUGGUUGACGAUGAUACUGUUCAUCCAAUGUUGUCAUCUUAA